GCGUAUCAGGUAUAUCGGAAUACCGCGCGCGUACGCUAUCGUCGGUUGGCUUUAGCACGGGUGGUUGCUGGCAGAGUGAGAGUGCCAUAUAUAUAGAGAGAAGGGGAAACUCGGCUCGGCACUCCAAAGUACACAGCCUCCGCGAUUGCAGUGGUGUGCUCUUUCGGUUUCCUUCCACCCAGGUUGUCGCCUGAUAUUCAUUCCCUCGCGGGCCUCGCGCCAGUGGUAACAGUCGGCCACAGACCAGGUGGUUUCCGCACGCUUCUCGCAAGCCUCACAGAAGGGCAUCCGCAGAGGACCAAAACAGAAUCCGCCCUAGGCCGCCGACACCAUGAAACUUACGCUGUUCACAAUAUUAGCCCUUUGUAUAAUAGCCGUCUGCAAAUCAGCCGAAGAGGAGUAUGAUUACGAAGAGGAGGCAGCAGCGCCGGUAACGCCGGCGCCAACAAAGCCAGCAAAUCGACUGGGAGGUCUUCUAUCUUCGAGAGGACGUGUCAAUGUACCAAAUGUAGGAAAAAAGAAAGCACAAGCACAAUCAACGACGUCAAAGCCGGUGGAACAAGCGCCCGAAGAAGAUGUGGUGGAAGAUGAAGACGCGCUCGAUGAAAAUCAGGAACACGAAGCACCCACGACGACGACCGAAUCUGCGAAGAAACUUCGAAAUAACGGUGGCGUCAGGCCCUUCAGAUCAAACGAGGAUCUUUUGGCUGCCUUGAAAAGGCGAAGAGCUCAAACCGGACCUAGUAGCCAUUCACGUGAAACUGCCACCACACAUUCUGCAGUGGAACAUACCACAGCCAAGUCAAAAGCUAGUACAAGCAAUCGUAGCAAAGCUAGUGCGGGUAACGAGGCGAGAACAUCGGGGCGCGGCAGGUUCGGAGGAAGAGGAAAGAUUGUUCAGGAGGAAGUCGAGGAGACCCAGCGGGAGGAGGUCCAAGUAAAGCCUAAAGCCAGCUCCUACCGCAGGCGUAGCUAAACCGAUCGCCAAUUCCUGAUGAGAGAGCCCUGAGCUUGUUGAUUUCUUAGAACGCGCAUUAAUCGAAUUCAACAACCGAUCAGCGCCCGAAAACCGUCGUCUUUCUCACAAUGUACAAUUUUUGUAAAACGAUAUUUACUCGCCGAAUUCUUAGAAAUACUUUAUAGAUUCGGAACAUAUUCUCGAUUUCCGUGUACGCGGACUUUCGAUGCACAAUUAAUACUAAAUAAAAAUUGUAAUGCAUUUUGGGCACGAUUCAUGUGGAGACAUCAUGUCUUUCUCGAAGAACGACAGCUUCGUUUACGUCUUACAUCGCGCGGUAUUAAAAACACAAACAAUCAACAGAAAGCUGGGAAAUAUCAGUUAUUACGACGGGUGUUAAUCGAAGGAACGAGAUCUUCCCCUUAGCCACACUAAGCUUCGAUAGACGCGUGCAAGGGAUGAUGGAAAAGUGAUGUGUACAUAGCAAAACACUGUCGUCCGUCAAGCACCUAAAUCACCUAUUGUAUAAAUGUAAAUUAAUGUGACAAUAAAGUUUCUCUGGAAAGCGACUCUA